CAUCUCUUAUCAUUCUUGUUAAUGAACAACGCAAACUUCCAAAAGUUAUAACUGCAAGUUGUACGUUGAUGUACGCUGAUCCAGCAUGCAAUAUUAAGUGGGAAUCAACAAUUGAACACUUUAAGUACAAUUUAAUUGAAAAUCGUACAUUUGAGCAAUCCGCAACGUCAAUAAUUAGUUUCAACGCUACCCAUGAAGAUUAUGGAAAACAAAUAAGAUGUAGAACUGAAUGUCAAUACUUCAAGAAUGCUCUUAUUAACUCAACAGCUCUCAUAUUUGAAAAAAAGCCGACAGUGGUUGUCUACACAACCCCCGUUUUACCCGUUCCACCAAAUACCAACAUAACGCUCACAUGUGUUGCACAUGGCCAUCCUGUUGGAAAUAUCACUUGGACGCUGGUGAAAACGUCUAAUUCAAUAUCACCACAAACAAGAUCGUGUUCGAAUGCAUCAACGUGCACUUAUGAAAUAACUACAUCUGACUAUGAACAGGUUUAUUCGUGUUAUGCACAGAACGAACAUGGCAGUGACAGAGGGUCAAUUAAAAUUGGUCAUGAGCGUGGAUAUAAAGAAGAUCAAACUGAUGUUGAUUCUGGCAUGUCGAGCGUUGCGAUGAUGACAGCGGGCGGAAUUGCAUUUCUGUUAAUUGUAAUUGUUGUCAUGUGUUUAUGUCGACAUCGAAACCAAGCAAAGCUACAAAUAAUGAACGAUGAUAAUACGAUACAGUUGGCCCACAUACCGCCACCGCCAGUUGCAGAAAGGGAUGACGUUACACAUGCGCAUACUGGCGUUGCUGAAUAUGCUGUCAUCCACGGGACACGCAGUGAUCGGGAAAACGUUGCUCUGCCUUCUAGCCAAUAUAUGCCUUCAUGUGAUGCUAUAAAUGAGUGCUUCGAAAAUGCUGCUACUGAAAGUACAGUACACUUAGAACAACCAUCAAACGAGAAUAGUAUUUCAGUGGAAACAGGUCCUGAUAUACGUCGAUGUCAAAGCAAAGAACAUCCUUAUACAACAGACCACGAAAAAGACAAUGGUAUUUCUAUGCAGAAUCAUGUAAUGAUUCCAGACGCCCAAAAUGCUGAGAGCCCAAAGCGUUCCUCCAAUGAGCUAGUGUACGCUGAUGUCGAUGUCGAGCACUUGGAGAAAUUUCGAGUAAAAAUUCGUGCGUGCAAUGACAACGAAUCGACGGAGUAUUCUGACAUUGUAUUUGGUGCAUCUUGUAGUGUUAAACCUGACUCAUCCAAAGAAAAUGUGUAUACCACCUGACUUUCGAUGGGCGUUACUACAUGAAAACCAGUCAGAAGUUCAUCUUACUGCGAAUAGAAAUUGAAUACCAGCUGGUGCCCAAUAUAUCGAAUAGUGGUCAUUUUACAAGUGAAGUGUACAUGUAUAUUCUCUGAUUAUGUAAAUGAUCUGUUUUGUAUAAAACGCAUUAAACAUAUUACACUUUUUUGAA